GCUGUUGUGAACUACUUGGAGGAUGCACAUGAACUGAUCGAUACUGCAAUUUCAACCGCAUUGAAAGAAAGCAAGCCUGUUUACAUCAGCAUAAGCUGUAACUUGCCUGCAAUUCCACAUCCCACUUUUAGCCGCGAACCAGUCCCAUUCUUUCUCUCCCCAAGGUUGAGUAAUCAGAUGGGUUUGGAAGCUGCAGUGGAAGCAACAGCAGAGCUCCUAAACAAGGCAGUGAAGCCAGUAAUGGUGGGUGGGCCGAAACUUCGAGUGGCUAAAGCUUGUGAAGCAUUUGUUGAAUUAGCUGAUGCUUGUGGCUAUGCUCUCGCAGUGAUGCCAUCGGCCAAAGGGCUUGUGCCCGAACACCAUCCUCGUUUCAUUGGGACUUAUUGGGGCGCGGUGAGCACUGCCUUUUGCGCUGAAAUCGUGGAAUCCGCGGAUGCUUAUUUGUUUGCAGGACCCAUUUUCAAUGACUACAGCUCUGUUGGGUACUCUUUGCUUCUGAAGAAAGAGAAGGCGAUCAUCAUGCAUCCUGAUCGCGUGGUGAUUGCGAAUGGCCCUACAUUUGGGUGUGUUCUGAUGAAGGAUUUCUUGAGAGCUCUUGCGAAGCGGCUUAAGUGCAACAAGACUGCUUAUGAGAAUUACCAUAGGAUCCAUGUUCCUGAGGGGCAUCCUCUGAAAUGUGAGCCUAAAGAGGCCUUAAGGGUCAAUGUUCUGUUCCAGCAUAUUCAGAAGAUGGUGUCAAGUGAAACAGCAGUGAUUGCUGAGACAGGGGACUCUUGGUUUAAUUGCCAGAAGCUGAAAUUGCCUGAGGGAUGUGGGUACGAGUUCCAGAUGCAAUAUGGUUCAAUUGGUUGGUCAGUAGGUGCAACACUUGGAUAUGCUCAGGCUGCACAGAACAAACGAGUGAUUGCUUGCAUUGGUGAUGGUAGCUUCCAGGUAACUGCACAAGAUGUGUCGACAAUGCUGCGAUGCGGACAGAAGAGCAUCAUCUUCCUGAUAAACAAUGGUGGAUACACCAUAGAAGUCGAAAUCCAUGAUGGGCCUUACAAUGUGAUCAAGAACUGGAACUACACUGGCUUGGUUGAUGCAAUCCAUAAUGGCGAAGGCAAGUGCUGGACAACUAAGGUGCGAUGUGAAGAAGAGCUCACUGAAGCAAUUGAGACAGCCACGGGUGCAAAGAAAGAUUGCUUGUGCUUUAUAGAAGUGAUAGUCCACAAGGAUGACACUAGCAAAGAGCUGCUUGAAUGGGGAUCAAGAGUCUCCGCUGCCAACAGCCGCCCGCCCAACCCUCAGUAAUAAGAUAUUUUAGGAAUAGGAUACAGUUGUUUGAUAAAAGGAUGAGACUCCUAUCCUUUCACAUUUACAUUUCAUUAUGUGAAAAUUUUGUGUGUACUAGAUUUGUUAAAUUAUUCUCCACUGCUGCUGUGAAGAGGGAUUGAAUCAGUUGCUGGCUAAAGUGGACCAGCAUAUUUGUGCUUCCUUAAGGGAAUACUAUGUUGUCUGUUUUGAGCCACUGGAUUUGUAUAUUUUGCUGAGUAUUGCUUAUUUUGUGUGUAUUUUCUUUUGGUUUUCAAUAUCUAUCCAAAAUGAUUGGUCUUUCGAAUU